AUGGCAACAACACUACCAAGAGAAAUCAUCAAAUGGAUACAGGGUCUUGAUCUUUCUUAUUCUGUAAAAAACUAUAAACGUGACUUUUCAAAUGGAUUUUUGGUGGCAGAAAUACUGGCAAAAUACUAUCCUGCUGAUGUACAAAUGCAUGCGUUUGACACUGGGACAGGAGGUGGAGCCAAAAACAAUAACUGGGGGAUGCUGGAGCGAGUGUUUAUUGGUUGGCUUAAUGACACGCUCGAUAAACAGAAGCACUCGAUUCCAAUCUCAAAAGAAAUAUGCGCCAAUGUAGCAUCUUGUAGUUCUGAGAGUGCCAGUAUCUUGCUUUCUGUCAUAUACUGGCAUAUCAAUAAUAAAGGUUCGCAUCCAGAGGGAGUCUUGGCUACAACUGCCAGCAUUUCCUCACAGACCAAAAAAAGUGCAUCAAAGACACAGAAAGCUUCGUCUGGUGGAUCUAGCAACAAAACCCGGUCCAACACAAGUGAUGAACAAGAACAUCAGACUGCACUAGAUCGAAUCCUGUUUUCUGCACGACAGAAUAGUUUGAUGGAAAAUUUUGGCACGGAAAGUAAUGACGGACUAGAUGAACCGUUACAUCUCAACAUAAGUAAUGGAUAUAGUCCAGGAAAACUUUCAAAAAUGAAUGCAAAUGCAGUGCUAGACACUGACGGCGAUCCAUCCACGGAGGAGCCAGUAGUAGGAAGAGUUUCGCUGAUGCGAGUGAUUUGUCAGAUCUUCAAUAUUGCAGAUACACAGAUUAAUUUCCACCGAAGUACAUUUCCAGCUAAUACUGUGAGGGAUAUCAUUUGUCAAAGCAUUGAGACUGGCUCAAGGUUUGAAGUAAAUGCUUUGCUUGAAAUCCUGAGAGCGUCGACACCAGAGAUUAUUUCUGCAAUACAACAGAGUCCACCGCUUGAUUUUCAGAUUCUGUUUGACACAUUCCUUCCACUCAUUGUCAACUAUGGAUCAUCAACCAAGCGAAUAUCAUUUGAAAUGAUGAAUGUAGCUGCCACUGCAAUUAUAUACUAUGUGGGAGAUACCUGCCAGUAUAUGCUUGCAACAGGAAAGAGUUACAAAUGGCUGUCAAUGGCAAGGGAUUUUAAUGGAGUAAUUCAACAGAUUAGUUUGCCUACAAUGGAUAAAAUGCCAUUUAUUGCACGAAUCCUGCAUGCUUAUCUUGGUCCAAAUAUUUCUGAAAUUGACCGAGUUCGAAUAUUUAUGGAAAUCAAGGCAUCAAUUCACAAAGACAAACUGCAAUGGCCUGCAACUCGAAGCAAAUCAUCGUCUGGCAGCGAGUUUAUAUUUUUCUUGGCAUCUUUCAACGCCAUAUACAACUAUCCAAUUCACUCUGCCACAUACCAGUUCACCGUGUUGCAUCUUAGCGAGUGUUUAACAAUUAUAAACGCAUUCAAAAGAUCAAACCAGGGAAAUGUACUGUUUCUGCCAUUAAAAAAUGGUUCCACGACUAUAUCAGAUACAUCUGCCAAUCCUGGUGUUACUAUACUAUCUACUGCUGAUAUUCCUGCUCUUGAAGUCUCUGCAGCACUGCACAUUGUUGCAGCAAUAAUACGUGCUGGUGUACCACUGGAGCAUCGAGUUAUGGCUGAUGUAGUGGAUUCUUCUCUGCGUGCAUUUUUGAAAAUUGUAAUUAACCCGCAAUGUCCAUGUGCACUACAAAAAGCAUACAUGAAAGUUGUUGUAACAUUGCUGGAAAUCUUACCAAUCGACUGUCUACGCGAAUCUCCCGAGUUUACUCUCUUGCAAGAUUUGUUAGGAAUUGCAAAUACCUUACUCAAGUGGUUUACUGGUGAAGUUUUAAAAACCAUGCUUAUCUUUAUAUCAAAAGUACUUUAUAAACACCAAACACUCUGCACGGCAUUUGUGCGUGGUUUGGUCAAUGCUGGAGAUACCGUUCGUUUAGACCUUCUUAAAGCCACUACUAAAAAAAACAGCAAUCAUACCAUCACAUGGAAUUUGCCCUUUCUACUUGACGAAAACAAGCCUCAGAUUUACAAAGUGUGGUGGGAAUAUGGUGUAUGCAUGGGAGUCCGUAGCGUGACAGAAUGUUCUAAAAGUCCAUUAGAGGCAUCCCAUUUGGAGAUUAUUUGGACAAUGAUGCGAGAACGCCGUCAAUCAGAGUGCACAGAUGAUCAGAAUUCAAGACCUAUCGUUCCCCAAGCCGCAUGGAAUCAUGUUUUUCUAUUACUAUCUGAUCACAUCAUUGCAAAUCUGGCAAUCCAAGAAUUAUCUGAUUUGGCUUGGAGCGUGUUUUGUGGUUUCAUGCAAGUGUGUAGCGGAGAUACUAUUACCAAGAAAUUUCCGUCAUUGCUGGGCGUAUUGAUUUAUGUACAUACUGUGGAUCGAGGACGAUGUAGAAAGCGAAUCAUGAAUCGUUUGAAACGAUGGGCUGCAAAGGCGUCUCUCAAAGCCAAAUUCGAAUCUGAUCAGCCCACUAAAUUAGACUCUUAUGCACUUGAACAGAAAUCAAACUUGGUUAAAGAAAGUUUAUCCCAUUUGCCGAAAGAAAAUGAACAUACUAUUUAUGUUGAAGCGCAACGAGUCUUGCGGAUCUUUAUGAAUGAGCUACCGACAUUAUCCGGAUCUGGAAAACGACAUUUAGCUCAUGGCCUAUAG